GUCAUCCCGGAAGUUUGCGGCUUUAGCGCAGCACCGCCGCCUCCGCGAAUGACACACGCAGAGGAGGAGGAGACGGGAUUACAGCAGCGCCUCAUCAAUAAACCAUCAUAACAGCAGAAAAUGGGGAAUUCCGACUCAAAGCUCAAUUUCAGGAAGGCGGUGAUACAGCUGACCACGAAGACGCAGGUAACUGCAAUCUGGUCUACGCCAUCAUCCGGAAGCGAAAUGUCUUCCAUCAGCUGGCGAACCUGCCGUCAGACCCCGCCACCAUUCAGAAGGCCCUCCAGAGGAAGAGGAAAUCUCCUGACGCCAUCUCUCGCACCAGCUCACAGGAGACCGUGUCCAUGGAGGGUUCCCGACCUGCUGUACCUGCUGAACCCGGCACACUGAAGGCCAGUCUGGUGGCUAUGCCUGGCAUCGAUAAGCUGACGGAGAAGUCGCAGGUUUCUGAAGAUGGCACGAUGGUGGCAGUGGCUGAAUCUCCACAGAGCCCUGAGCACGGCAAUGCUGAAGCCGGAGCCAGUGACACAGAGUCCAUCUCCGGAAGAGACAGUGAGGAUGUCUUCUACACUGAGGCAGAGAUGGAGAGGAGGAGACGUCUGUCCAGCUCCUCAUCAUCUGUCUGCCACUGGAACCCUAAACCAGACUGGGUGCUGUCCUGGAAGAGCAAACUCCCUCUGCAGACCAUCAUGCGUCUGCUGCAGGUUCUGGUGCCACAAGUGGAGAAGAUCUGCAUUGAUAAAGGUCUGACCGAUGAAUCGGAGAUCCUAAAGUUCCUCCAGCAUGGCACUCUGGUGGGUCUGUUGCCUGUCCCUCACCCCAUCCUCAUCAGGAAAUACCAGGCCAACGCUGGCACCGCCAUGUGGUUUCGCACAUACAUGUGGGGAGUCAUUUACCUGCGGAAUGUGGAUCCGCCGAUCUGGUACGACACUGACGUGCGUCUCUUCGAGAUCCAGAGGAUGUAGAGCUGCGCCGUCUCUCCCGAUCUCGCCUUGUGAUUUUUGGCUUUAACCCGCUCCGCUUCCCCAGAGAAGAGGUGACUGUGAGCCCCCUCGAGAAGUGCCCUGUCCAAACGUCUGUUUGCUUCUGCUGUCCUCCAGAUAAAGCGGCUAAAUAUAAACCUCGCGCUGAUAAGAGAAAAUCAUACUGUGUUCAGCAGCCCAGACACGUCUAACUCUCUCACUGUGGUUUUUUUAUAGGUGCUUAUUACGAGAAGGAAGCCUAUUUAUAGUUACCAAAACCUUGUGAAUAUAGUUUGUAGGAAGUUGUGAAACGACCUCUAGAUUGUACUGAUGCCACCACAAGAGGGCGAUACACUAAAUCCAGUUUUGUUUAUUACAUGAAUGCGUGCAUUUUCUGUAGUUUAUGUCAGGGAUGAAGGGAAAAUAGUAGAGGAAAAUAUGAGAGGAAAAUAUGAAAAUGUGGGGAACUUCACCAGUGUUCAAAUAGAUUGUGAAACUGUACAAAAAACAAAACAAAAAGAGUAUUACAUAUUUGACAGUA